AUGAAACAUAUUGGAAGAUUUGUUUCAUUUCCAAUCGGUUUGGUUUUAAUUGCCGUUGGUAUUAUUAUCGUCACAGUAGUUCAUAAUGUACUUAAUGAUGAAUUUGAAAAAGCAGCAGUUGUAAUUCCAAACAAUGGCGCCGACGAAAUUGUUGAUCCAUGGAUUCGUUUCAUUGGUAAUGAAAAAGAUCCAAACAACGAAAGAAUUUAUAAAUUUUAUGCUUACAAUUGUACCAAUCCAGAAGACGUUCUCAAAGGUGAAUUACCAAAAUACGAAGAGGUAGGCCCAUACAAUUACAAAUAUGUUUACGAACGUAUCAACUAUGAACUUUAUGAUGAUGAAGAGAGAUUAAAAUUCCAAUUAUGGAAACGUUAUUACCCACUUAAUCAAACUCAAAUCAAUGGUACUAGAGAUCCAACUACCGAUACUAUUUAUCAUUUCAAUUUAGCCUAUGCUGCCGUUCUCGAACAAGCUGGUCCUUUAGGUGAAACUGCUGUCGCUCUUGGUAUGGCCGCUGCAUAUGUUAGCCAAGUAUUGGCAACACUAAACUCCCAAGUUUUCGUAGAUAUGGCUUUACCAAUGAUGACACCACUACUCUAUGGUCAAUACUUAAAUGCUUAUAUUGCCCAAGGUAAAUCUCCUAUAGAUUUUUGUAAUGAUUUAUUGGACGAAAGCAAAAAAGGUUCUAUUCCACUUUCAUUUUACAAUUUCGGUGUUCCACCAACUGGUUUUGCUUCAGCACAAUGUCAAAAUCUCUUUUCAGCAACCACCGGUUCAAUUAUUGAUACAAACUCAUACAAAGGAUAUUUAACCGGAAGUAUUGCCACUACUCUUGCAGCUGCUCCUUUCUCUUUUGAUUCUGAUUCUGUUGCCUUUGUUAUUCAAUAUUGGACUUUGACAAAAAAUAACAUAGUUCCAAUGUCUAUUAAAAAGAACAUCCCAGAAUGUGUUACAUCCACAUGUACCAACAAUGAUUUAGGUUUACUUCAAUGGGCUUUAGCUGAUGGUCUUGCUAAUGGUAAAUCUGUUGCCGAACUUGCCCCAACUUUAGGUCUUAUCACACCCCCAGAAUUUGGUAUUAAUACUGGUGUUUCACUUUCACUCGCACAAACCAAAGUUUUAGCCUCAGAAAAAAGUCAAAUUAAUUUAGUCACUCCAACAGGUAUGGGUACUAUUAUUACUCUUUUAAAAACUCCACAAGGUCAACAACAACUUGUUGCCGCUGGUUUCUCAGCAGAACAAGUUGGAGCAUUGGGUGUCUAUAUUAAUGCAAUGUUGUCCAAUUUCAGUGAUGCUGUUAUGGAAUCUAAAGUUUUUGGUAAAUAUGCAGGUGGUCCAAUUGCCAAACAUACUGUCCACGAUAUGCUUUUUAAUGCUAUUGAUCCACUUUUAGCUCUUCUUAAAAAAGACGAAGAUCCAUCACACUGGAAAUCAAGUCCACUUGAAAAUAUUCAAACUAAAGAGGAAGCAGAAAAAGAACUCCACUUUGAUUCAAUCUUUACCGGUGUUGGUGAUAUAGGCAAAGUUUCAGCUCCAAUUACUUUUGAAAAUGCAACAAAAUUGCAAUAUCAAACUCUUAUCCCAGUUUCAGGUUCAUUUGCAGAACAAUUACCACCAAACUAUUUAUUCGAUGAUAUUGAAGCCGAUGUCAAUGUUUUCACAGAAGAAUAUGCACGUUCACUCACUUUCUACAAAGAAUUUGGAGGUGAUUUCAAUGGUAUCCCAUACUAUCGUUACAGAGUCAAAGAUGAAAACUGGCAAGUUAACCAAGACUAUUACCAAACCAUUCCAUUCCUUAUGAAUCUUACCAGUAUUAAAGGUGGUGCUCCAGCUUUCUUAUCAAGACCAAGAAUGAAGGGUUUAGCUCCAGGUUAUUUCUAUAAAGCUGGUGUCGAAGAAUUAAUCAACGAUCAAGAAGAUUUAGAUGUAUUUGCUGAUUAUGAACCACGUUCAGGUAAAGCUAUUCACGGUCGUUAUUCACUCCAAGUUAAUGGUUACGUUCCAGGCAUUGAUGGUGAAAAGAACCCAUCAUACAACAGAUACUCUAACAUGAGAUCUGAUGUUAUUCAUCCAAUGUUCUGGGGUGUCAAUGUUAUUGCCGCUACAGAUGAUCAAGUCGACAUCCUUACCAAAGCUUAUAAAGUUGAUUCAGUUAGAUACGCACUCACAACCAUUUUAAUUGUUAUUGGUGGUUUCCUUUCACUUGUUAGUUCUGGUUUAUUUGUAUUAGAUAUUUUCGAAAAAAAAGGUUAUUUUUAA